AAAUAAAUUAAUAAAAGGAGAGAGAGUUUUUGAUCCCCAAUUUCACAAAUUCCACAUAAACCCUAGAAAUUUCUUAAUCAAAUUCCCCAAUUUCAGGCUCCAGCGAGCUUUCUAUCAAAGAAAGCUCGCAUCUUUCUCAACCAUGAAUCGAUUCAAUUCGAUUUCUCUCAUCGUAAUCUUCACCUUCCUCUCUUGCCUCGCCUCCGUCCCCACCGCCCGAUCCGACCCCCAAUUCUCCUCCGCCAUCCGAUUACCCUCCGAAGCCGGCGACGCUACCCAUCAAGAUCCAUGUGGCCAGUCACUGGAGCGAUCCUCCUCCUGCCCCGUCACCUGCUUUCGAACCGACCCGGUUUGUGGCGUUGACGGUGUCACGUACUGGUGUGGCUGCGCCGAAGCACGCUGUGCCGGCGUCAAAGUUGCGAAAUUAGGGUUCUGUGAGAUCGGUAAUGGAGGCUCUGCUCCUCUCUCAGCUCAGGCUCUGCUUUUGGUCCACAUAGUCUGGCUCAUUGUUCUGGGAUUCUCGGUCUUGUUUGGCCUUUUCUGAUCGAUUUUUUGAUUGAAUAUAAUUGAUUGAUUCUUCUCCUAUGUAAUAAGGUCAGCUAUUAUUAUAUAGGGUUCUUUCUUUCUUUCGAAAAUUCUUUGCUCUUUGAUCAUUGUGUAAUGAGAGCCUGAGAUAUUUGUGUAUUGAUAUAUUGAUGUAUAUGUAAGAAUUUUUUUCUUCUUCUGUAAUCGCAUUUAGUCUUAUUGAUUCCAAUUUUUGCA